UGCAGUAAGUCUAUAAUUUGUAACAAAUGCUCAGGCAGAACAAGCAGAACAUACAUUACAGGCGAGAUGGAUCUUACCUGGUUUGAAUCCCUGCUCCUGGCUCUGAUCAUUUCAUCGCUUAUCUACUCCACAUGGAAUUCCAUAUACAGAAGACGUAACUUACCUCCAGGACCUACACCCUUGCCUAUUGUUGGAAAUGUCCUGCAAAUAAAGAGAGGAGAGAUGGUCAAAUCCUUGAUGGAGUUUAGAGAGAAAUAUGGCUCAGUAUACACGGUAUAUUUCGGACACAAUCCAAUAGUUGUCCUAUGUGGGUACAACGCUGUCAAGGAAGCAUUAAUUGACCGAGCAGAGGAAUUUAGUGGUCGUGGAAGGCUCCCUACUAUUGAUCAAUUUGUGAAAGGACAUGGUAUAGUUUUUGCCAAUGGUCCUAUGUGGAGAGAUUUGCGCAGAUUUUCCCUUACAGUUCUAAGAAAUUUUGGCAUGGGAAAGAAAUCUAUUGAAGAAAGGAUCCAAGAAGAAGCCCAUUUUCUUAUGACAGAGAUCAGAACACAAAAAGAACAGUUCAUCGACCCAACUAGAUUUCUGGUUCAAGCCGUCUCAAAUGUAAUUUGCUCCAUUGUGUUUGGAAACCGGUUUGAAUACAGUAAUGACAGUUUCCAGAAACUCCUGACCAUGUUCGCGGCAGUGUUUAAGGAUAUGAGUAGUCAGUGCGGACAGUUACUGGAUAUGCUGCCAUCAGUUAUGAACUAUGUACCUGGACCACACAAAAGAAUAAACAAAAGUUUGAAUAGACUCAACGAUUUCAUCUUGGAACGAAUAAAGAUGAAUGAGGAGACACUUGAUUCCAACUUACCCAGAGACUUCAUUGAUUGUUUCCUCAUCAAACACAAGCAGGAAAAGGACAAUCCUAGUUUUGACAGGGAUAACAUGAGAAUGACCAUACUCAACAUGUUUUUUGCUGGGACAGAAACAGUCAGCUCUACUUUAAGACAUGGAUUCCUGAUACUUAUGAGAUACCCUGAAAUACAAGCUAAACUGCAUGCAGAGAUAGACCGUGUGGUUGGUGAAAACCGCAUCCCAAAUGUUGAUGACCGCAAUAAUAUGCCAUAUACGAAUGCUGUUAUCCAUGAGAUCCAGAGAUUUAGUGAUAUUAUACCGCUGAAUCUUCCUCACGCAACAACAAAAGAUGUUCAUUUCAAGGGAUACACUAUUCCCAAGGGUACCGAUGUCUAUCCAUUGUUGUGCACUGUUCAGCAAGACCCCACAAAGCUUGACUGCCCCACUAAGUUUGAUCCUAACCACUUCUUAGACGGCAAAGGAUGUUUUAAGAAGAAUGACAGCUACAUGCCAUUCUCGGCAGGGAAGCGGAUUUGUCUCGGAGAAGGUCUGGCCAAGAUGGAGCUGUUCAUUUUCUUAACAACCAUCUUACAGAACUAUAGGCUAUCUCCUGAGACGCAAGUCACAGAGGAAGACAUCCAACCCCUAAUGGCUGGGUUUGUAAAUAUUCCCAAAAAUUAUCGGUUGUCUUUUAUCCCCCGUGUUUAAUUUCGGAUAAGGUGAUAUGCAGUGUUAUUUCAAAUGCUUCUACCAAGCUUCAACUAUGUGAUCCUCAGGGUAAAAUAAAUAAAAUAAAGGAAUUCAAAGAGAGAAAAAAAUAAUGAAAUGAAAUGAAAACUCAAUAAAGUGGCAAAUGUCUCAAUGUAUCAUAUGUAAUGUAACAUGGAUAACAUGUAAUGAUGCCUGGUUUAAAUUAAUCAGAAAUUAAACACAUUUACAUGUAAACCUAAAUAAACCUUAAUAAAUAUGUUUGUCCAUAUCAAUUAGAGCAGACAUGAAGACCUUUUGUGGGGAUUCUCUGAAUUCUUGCAAGAUCUGAUUGUCGUCUCUAUUUCCAAAUACUAAUAAA